AUGAUGGAAAAAGACGAUAAGAAUGUUGAAGCUAGCGAUCAACGAGGCACCAAACGUGCAGCAGAGGAAAAUGAGCCUCCGGAGCCCCCUAAACCAAAGAAAAUCAAGGCUUUGGAUCCUGAUGUCGUAAACAAAAUUGCUGCUGGGGAGAUUAUUGUUGCUCCAAUGCACGCGCUAAAGGAGCUCAUCGAAAACGCUGUCGACGCUGGCUCCACCUCCAUUGAAGUCCUUGUUAAGGAAGGGGGCCUGAAGCUCCUCCAGAUCACUGAUAAUGGCCAUGGAAUUGAUCGAGAUGACCUCCCCAUUCUUUGCGAGAGAUUUACAACAUCUAAGCUCAAGGAGUUCGAAGAUCUGACCUCCAUUGGAACAUACGGCCAGGCCAGAAUUCGGCACCCAAAGCAACGGCUGGCCGAGGAGGAACUCAAAUCACCGCAAGUUAAUCAGAAGAAUAAAUUGCAUGCUUUCAAGCUAACAAAGCCCAAGGUCGAGGACCUCUUUUAUAACGUUCCCACUCGACGGAGAGCUUUCCGCUCUGCAAGCGAGGAAUAUGCCAAAAUUCUCGAUGUCGUCGGCCGGUAUGCAGUGCAUUGCUCAGGAGUCGCUUUCUCGUGCCGCAAGCACGGAGACUCCGGUGUGAGCAUCUCGACUCAAGCUAGCGCAAAUACUGUCGACCGGAUCCGCCAGAUCCACGGCAGUGCCGUGGCGAACGAGGUUGUUGAAUUCAAAAUGGAGGACAAAAAGUUCGGAUUUCGCGCAUGCGGCUUGGCUACCAACGCCAACUAUCAUGUCAAGAAGACAGUGAUUCUACUUUUUAUCAAUCACCGCGCAGUGGAGUCAACUGCUGUUAAGCGUGCAGUUGAACAGAUAUACUCUGCCUUUUUGCCCAAGGGCGGCCACCCUUUCGUCUAUCUUGAUCUCGAGAUCGAGCCUAACCGCGUCGACGUCAAUGUACACCCGACUAAGCGUGAGGUGAAUUUUCUAAAUGAAGAUGAGAUCAUCGAGAUUGUCUGCACCGAAAUCCGAUCCAAGCUGGCUGAGGUGGACUCGAGUCGCACAUUCCUAACACAAAGCCUCCUACCUGGCGUGCAGACCAUCGAAUCCCUACAACACAAUCAAGGAACACCAGCCCACGUGGGAACAAGUGAGGUAACAAAAGUCGGAGCGACACCCAAAACACCGGCAACGACAGAGAGACCCUACGAAAACAACCUCAUCCGAACAGAUUCCAAAGUCCGCAAAAUCACAGCAAUGCUAGGCCCAGCCACAGCCUCACCUCGCGACCCAUCCAACCCAGAGGCACCCGCAGAAACCGACGCCCCAGCGAUAUCAAUCCUAGACGACGGCCUCCAGUACGAAACAACAGAUCGCCAACUCCUCAAAAUCGCCCUCUCAUCCGUCAAGAAUCUUCGAGCCUCCGUCCGCUCCGAGAUGCACAACACACUAACAGAGAUGUUUGCUUCACACACAUACGUCGGACUAGUCGAUGAGCGACGCCGACUCGCAGCGAUCCAAUCAGGCGUGAAGCUCUAUUUAAUCGACUACGGACUCGCAUGCCACGAAUUCUUCUACCAAGUGGGCCUAACCGACUUCGGAAACUUCGGGGUCAUCCGACUCGACCCAGCGCCGAAGUUAGUAGAUCUUCUGAAAAUCGCCGCAGAAGCAGAACGGCAAGAACACUACGAUUCGAACGAGGAAGAAGCCGAGUCCAUCUUCGCCAACGCACCGGAGAUGAUAGCACGCACGCUCGUCGAUCGUCGCGAGAUGCUGAAUGAGUACUUUUCGUUGCAGAUCAGUCCUCACGGAGACUUGCUCGCAAUCCCGCUGUUGUUGAAGGGGUAUCUACCAGCUCUGGCGAAACUGCCUCGUUUUCUGCUUAGGCUUGGACCAUACGUGGACUGGGGUAGUGAGGAGGGUUGUUUCCGCACUUUUUUGCGCGAGCUGGCUACAUUUUACACGCCUGAGCAGCUUCCGGUUCUUCCGCAGGUUGCCCAGGACGUGUCGGGGGAGUCGGCUACGCAAGGACCGGUGGUAGCCGGUGACUCUGGUGUGAAGGACGAAGAUACUUUUGUUAGGGCCCGCCGUGCGCAGAUGGUUCGCAUGUUGGAACAUGCCGUUUUCCCGGCUCUGCGAGCACGGCUGGUUGCCACGUCACGGUUGCUGCGGGGUGUGGUUGAGGUUGCAGAUUUGAAGGGGCUGUAUCGGGUGUUUGAGCGCUGUUGA